CCACCACCAAUAAAUCACCACUCCAAUCCCCAACAUAUCCAUCCCCAAAUCAUACAACCCGAAACAGCCAUAAAAAUGACAACCCCCAAACCCCACAUCGCACACACCCUCCUCUCACGCGCCCACUCCCCCGACACAGCGACCCAACUCUUCACCGAGCGCAUAAAACAAAAGCCACUCUACGUGCGGCCAACAUCCCCAACACCAGCCGACAACCGCUCUCGGCGUCGCCUCCACCGCCUCCGCAAGAAAGAGUACUUCCUGCGCAAGCAAAAGCCGCAGCCUUUAUCCGCGCGCCAGAAGCGCGCCUCGGGGCUGUACGACCUCCCCAAGGAAGAAUGCAAGUAUGCGAUUUUCCAGGAACUGCAUGGCAUGUGGGUGCGGUAUAUGCAGGAUAUGUUGGACUUGGGGGAGAAGAAGUUCAAGCCGCCCAUGACGCCGUUGUCGCAUGGGAGUAAACUCUCCAGUGCGGAUUUUCAUGGGGCGGAGGUGGAGGUGGUGAGGAGUCGGUGUGAGGGGAGGGUUGGGGUUAGGGGCAUUGUGGUGAGGGAUACGAAGUUUACGUUUGUGGUGGUUACGAGGGGAGAUGAGGUUAAGACUAUUCCUAAGGAGCAGACUAUUUUCCGGUUUAGUGUGCCUUUGCCUCAGGCGGAUGAUGCUGAUGCUGAUGGGGCGGCGGUGGCUAGGGAGGCGAGUGCUCAUUCUGAGAAGAAGGAGGAGGAGCUCGUGUUUGAGCUUCAUGGCAGUCAGUUCCAGAAUCGUCCGGUGGACAGAGCGAAUAAGAAGUUCAAGUGGCGGAAUGUGGAUUAUAUCUAGGCUGUUGAGUGGAUGGAAGACUUCUAUUGGAAAUGAUCGUUAGAUCGCUUUAUCGUGGACUGCACGAGGGAACGGCCAGGGAGACUAUCCUGCAGAGCUUGGAACCCGAGUACAGUCUGACCAUAGUCGUGGUAG